AUGGAUUAAGAAAUUAACCAUUUCAAUUUACCUGAUAUUAGGGAUAAAGAUGAUUCAGAUGAUUAAGAAGAUUAUAAUCCAUUUAUCUAUCAUCAUUAAUAAGAAGGAUAUCAUUCAUUUGAAAAAAUGUUUUAGAAUCAUUUCGAUAUUGUAAAUAACAGAUGGAUUACAAUUCCUAGAACAAAAAUUUAUUUAUUAAGAUCAGCUAUGCAUAAAUUGAAAAAAUGGUUACUUUAUUUAAGGCAAGAGCAUCACAUGAUUUAAUCUAUUGUUAAAUAAAAUGAUGAUCUAAAGACUCAAUUAAAAAAGAACCAAGAAUAAAAUUCUAAUCAUUAUCUUGUUGAAUAACAGAGGACAAAUCAAGUAUUUCUAAAUAAAUUAUUACUAAGUUGUAUGAGGAAAUUAGGAAAGUGAGAUAAGAGUUAAAAGAUAAAGUUAUAUAAAUGAAUGAUCAAAUCUAAUAACUAAAAGAUACAAUUGCUGAAAAAGAUAAAAAGAUUUAAAGAUAAGAAUUAACAAUAUAAAGAUUAAAUGAAGUAAGUAAUGGAUAUGAGAAUCAAAACAAAGGUUUACAACAAUAAAUAAAUAAUCUAUAGAAAGAUUUUACAUAUUUUAAUAAUAUAAAAAGGUAAGGCUUUAUUGAUGAGAAGGCAUUAAUUGGAGGGAAUAUGACAACUUUUGAAUUAGUUUUGGCAUCAAAAGUAAAAAGUAAGAUAUUAUAAUUUCUGUCCUUAAAAGAUUAUCAAAAUCUAAUGAUUUGUAAUCGUAAACUAUAUCUAUCUUUAAUAUCACAUAAUACAAUAAUACCACAUGCAGUAAAUUCUCUCAGUUACAAAUUUAAUCAUUAAUAUAAGUUAUUACAAAGUGUAAAUGAGGAAUUCAAAGUAUUAAAAUUAAAAACAUUAUAUAAUAGAGUGUUAUCAAAUAGAGUGAUGAUCCAAAACUUAGAGAAAUUAUGAUAAAGUAAUUUGAAUUAAAAGUUAAUUUCUCUGAAUAUAUUAUUCCUACUUUACGUGAAUGUUAAUCUUUAAUAGAUGGUGAUAAUUUUAUAGGUUUAAAGAAUAAUUAACAUAAUAAAGAUUGUAAAAUAUAUAUCAUUAAUAAUUUUAGUGAUGGAUCUAUUGGAAGGUUAUUUAACACAGUAAGCGUAAAGUUAUUAGGCAGCAUUAUAGAGUUUAGUUUAAGAGAAAUUUCCUUGGAAUUAAUUCUUUCCAAAACCUUAGGCUACUAUUUAAUAGGUUUAAUUAUAGAGAAAAUAAUUUCCAACAUCUUCAUAAAUGUUUGCUUAAUAAAUCAUUACAAGAUUGUAUGAUCUGAGUACAGUUUGUGCUUAAGACUCUUCAAUAUUUGGGAUGUUUUUAUCAUAAUUAUAACGUUGUUUAGCUUCAUUAUUUGUUUAUGGAUAACAUUUGACUUAGGAAGUAAAUGAUUUAUAGUCACUUAAUUAUUAUAUAAUGACCAAAUUUUUCUUUUUAUUAAAAGAAAAGAAAUAAAUAGAAGAUUAAUAUGAAGAUUUUAAAACUUAAUUGGGAUUAUAUUCUGAUGCAAAAAGAUUCUUAAAGUAUUUAUAAUAAAUAAUAUUUAAAAUAGUGAAAAAGUAAAAGAUUUAGAAAAGAUUAUUUAAGAUAAAAAUGAAAAAAUUAGUAGUUUGAAUCAAUAAAUUUAUAUGAAGGAAAGUUAAUUGAAAUAAAACUAAAUUAUGGUCUAAAAAAAUAAUGAAUCUAUUCGAUUGUAUUAAGAUAAACUUAAAAUUCUGGCCAGAGAAAUUAUGGAAGUAAGAAGAAAAUAUAAAAAUACUUGUGUUGAAUAUAAUGAAAUAGUAUCAAGGUUUAAUUUGUUAAAAAUUUAAUUAGAGAAAAUGGAAAAGCAUUAAAAAAAUUGAGUAUAAAAAUUAUAUUAAAAAAAGUAUCCUUUAUUUAAAAUAAAAUGUCUUCUUCAAGUUCAUCAAGGUCACAAUCACCAAAGAAGAAUAAAAAAAGAGUAUAUGUUACAGGAUAUUCUCUUAAAGAAGAUCAACAUGAUAUUAAAAAGCUAUUCAAAAAAUUUGGUAAAAUUGAAGAAUUUGCUUGGAAAGGGAAAUAUUGUUUCAUUGUACAUAUAAUGAAUUAAUUGUAGGAAUUUAAAGACUCAGAAGAUGCAGAGAAAGCUGUUAAAAAAAUGAAUAAGGAAGAAGUAAAAGGAUCUGUGUUAUAGGUCGAGAUGGCUCGUGGAAAUAAGCCGAGCAAAAAUAAUGGCCUAUGUUAUUCAUGCGGUCGAUCUGGACAUUUGUAAGUUUUACUAUAGCAAUCACUCUUUAUAUAUAGAAUACAAUAUAUUUAUUAUUUAAUUCAUUUACCAUUUUAUUAGCGCUAAAAACUGUAGACAUAGAUCAUCAUCAUCUAGUUCAUCUAGCUCUAGUAGGUAAAGAAUUAAACAUAAUAAUUUUUAGUGAGUCUAGAAGAAAACAUAAGAAGAAACAUAAAAAAAAGAAGAGCUCAUCCAGUUCAGAUUCCUCAUCAAGUAGUUCAUCAAGUAGAAAGAUAAAGAAUAAGAAGAAGAGUACAAAAAGGAAAUCAAAGUCCUCAUCAAGAGGCUCUUCAAAAGACUCAUAACAUUCAGAGUCUUCUGCCGGCUCGUACUUUUAAAGUUGAAUUCUGUUUAGCAUUAUUGACGAAAAAAAAGAAGAAAAAAACCCUAUUGAAGAAGAGAAUCAAGGAAAAGAAGGAGAUGGUAAGUAAUGAAG